AUGCGUUUCUCUACUUUCUCUCUGGCUUUGCUUCUAGGCAGUGUGGUAUCUGCCACUCCAGCCGUUGAACUAUUCGAGCGUAAAGUGGGAUCCAGCUGCAAAACCAUGGACGGCAUGGGGACAUGCAUGGCAAGGAGCAAAUGCAACGGAGUAUACUAUGAUGGAGCUUGUGGCAAGAAUUCUGGGGAAACCCGCUGCUGCGUUGAAGUGAAGUGCAAAGUAGGGGGAAAAUCAGGGCUCUGCCAAAAUAUCAAUAGGACCAAAUGCAAGGGCGGCAAAUUCCACGUGGGGAAUAGCUCUACUUGUCCGGCAGGGAAAGAUGUUCAGUGCUGUAUAGAAAAUGAUAAACCCACUGAGCCCAAGCCUAAGCCCAAGCCUAAGCCAAAACCUAAAAAGACUGUUGGACAGAAAGUUCUUGAUAUAGCCAUGAAAGAGAAGGGCACGAAGUACGUCUGGGGUGGCGGCUCAUGCAAAGGCCCUACCAAAGGAGGCUAUGACUGCUCCGGACUUGUCGCCUAUGCUGUUUGCAAAGCCACGAAACGAAAUCUCUUCAAGGAGGGUCUGCGCGUGACAUAUUCCAUGUACUGCGCUUCGAGCAGCAGGCUAGGCAAAUUCAAGAAAGUACCCUUCUCGAAACGUCGUGCUGGUGACGCGGUCUUUUUCGGAACUAGCUGCAGCUGCAAGAAUCAAAAUAUCUCACACAUGGGAUUGAUGAUUAACUCUGGUGACCGCAUGCUUCACGCGCCAAAUCCAAGCACUGUGGUUCGGGAAGGCAAGGUUUCAGCACAAGGAAGUUUGAAAGCUUGUCCAUAUUCGAGUCCUGAAAAGUACCUAAUCCAAACAUACCGUAACUCUCUUCGGUUGGUUUUCCGAGGAUCCAGGCUGCCACCGGGCAUGUUGAAAAAAAUCAUGUUGAUAUCUCGCAAAGACAUGUAG